ACACAUAUACCUACACCCUUCUGUGAUGUGUUUUCUCCUCCAUGUAACUGGGAUUAGCAGUGAGCAUAGAUUAAGCAAAUUAUUGGUGAAGCCAUUGCUCAAAAUAACUCUUAGUCUCCACAGACCAACUGUGCUUCACCGACCAACACGCGAGAGCAGUUAAACACCUUCCAGCUCAAUAUGGGAAACUUGGUGACAUUUACAGUGAGAUUAUGAAUGACGCUUCAGCAUUUCAGAAAGCUGCACUACAAGAACAGUCCCCUGCAAAUAGCCACACCUUGGUACCUUUGUGGCAACCAUACACGAGCAAACCUUUUGCCUCCAGGCGUGUGUGUUUCUAUAAAAGCGGGGAUGCCCAAUUUAGUGGUUUGCCAGUGGUCAUCAACAAUCGCACUUUUAAAACCUUUGAGGCCCUGUUAGACAGUUUAUCCAAGCGAGUUCCACUGCCAUUUGGAGUACGCACUAUUACAACACCACGUGGCCAUACAGCAAUUCAAGGCCUUGAUCAGCUUCAGCACGGCCAAUCGUAUAUCUGCUCAGACAAACGCACUGUCAAGCCCAUCGACUUGGAGCAAGCACGACGCAAACCACCACCAUGGUACCAUGCCAGGCCUGUCACCAGCAAGCGCCCAAGAGAAAGGCAGAGUCCUCUCAUGCGCAAUUUAAGACGGAACGAGCAUGCUGCCCUACUGCACACCCCAAAGCGGCUGGUGGUUUUCCGCAACGGAGAUCCAGAAGUCAAGCAUACGCUUCUGCUGCAAAAGAGGACCACACACUCUUUCGAGGCACUGCUUGAUCACAUCUCUGAGGUCAUGUGCUUCCCUGUGCGCAGGUUGCACACACCAGAUGGAAAAAGGGUGGAUGGACUUCCAGCUCUGAUCUUGUGUUCUGGUGUCUUGGUAGCUGCUGGUCGUGAGCCUUUCAGAAAAGGAAACUAUGAUGUUCAAAAGCCCUUUGCUCCAACUUGGUUGCCUGCAAAAACCGUAGGAAGACUGCAUCCAAUCACUAGAAAAAAAAAAUCUAUUACAAGCAGCACCAAAUCUCGUCCUUUCUCACCAUCUUCAGAGCGUUACCUUGUAAAUCAGUUACACAACAGUUUUGCAGAAAGUGCAUAUGACCCCACUGGUUCUGUGGAAAUGGAGACUUGUCAUCAACUUGAAUCUGUUGCAGAGACAGAUACAGUCACCUGUAUGGAUGGUGACCCUAAUGAAUACAUUUGCAUGCCCAAAGAUGAUGACAUUGAGAAAACUUUUCGUGUCAAUCAAGACGGCAGCAUGACUGUAGAGAUGAAGGUGCGCUUGACUAUUAAAGAGGAGGAAACUGUUCACUGGACGACGACGGUCAGUCGGCAAAGUGUCAUAAAUCAAAUGAAGUCUGGCUUGGAGUCACAAUCUAAUCUGGAUGCAGCUUUAUCUGACAAAAUUACCCCAGAUGUUGCCUCAGCAAUCCAAAGAAGUCCUGAAGAAUAUAACAAUGAAUCUACUAAUGAAGGUCUACAGGCAGAAGAAGGCUUCAGAACAAAAGAGCCCAUGCAGCAAUAUCCAGAUCAAAUAUUUGUUGAAAGUGAGAGCCAAGGUACUGUGCAAAGAUUGGACAACUCAAUGGAUGACACAAGUAUUGAGCAAGUGGAAGACACAAGUAGUGAGUUCAAUAAACACCCAGUACCUAAACCACGUAGCUCCGGGAUCUCACAAUUGCAAGCUAGCCUCUAUAAAUCUGCAGAGGUCCUACAACUACAGGACAGUGGGCAGGAGACAGUGCUUCAAAUCUAUGAGCAGCAAACUUGCCAGAAGUGUUUCCUUGCGAAUACAGAGUUCUAUGAUCAGGGGAUACACACAAGUGAUACUGUAUUUUCUGCAUACCCUGACACGAUUCCAUCUUCUGACAAAGAGUCUGAUCAUGGACUUGCCACUCAUGUCUUCCCCUCAUUGACGCUCCAGACAUCAAGUGAAAGAAACAACUCUCCAGAGAUAAAAAAUAAAAAGUCAAAAAUGCAUAUUGCUCUAAAUGAAUCUUCUAAAAAGCCAGCUCCUAGGAUGUUGUCAAUUGCAGAUACUUGCAAGAAAAGAAAGAAAGUAAGAGUUAUUGUAAAAAAGAGUCAUAUCUUCCACAUUAUGACUGAUGAAAAUAAGAGGAAAGAUAACAAAUUUGACAUUCUGAAAGAGAUAAAGAAAUUAAGAGGCGCUAUCUUUAGCCAAGCCGGUGUUAUGAGAGCUACGAGUGAACCAUGCAGAACCAGAUCUGUCAAGAAAUUAUUAAAAGGUAAAAGAACCAAUCUACCCAAGACAUUUCUGAUGCAAAAACAAAGUCCAAUUGAAUUAUCUAUGAAAGAAUACAGUACAAAUAACAAGCAUCCUGCCAAAGCUGACAUGAAACAAAGAGAAAGUUUUACCUCACAGAAGGAACGUUUACUUAAUGUAUCAACCAAUAAAUGUACCCUAACACGGCAAGCAUCAAUGCAAGAAGAGAAUUUGACGCAGGCACAAAACACACAAGAGCUUAAAGAAAGCAACCCCUUUCCUGCACUACAUUACUCUUCUUCAGUUUUAAAUGAGUAUGUAGAACUCUGGCUACAGAAGAAUGAAACAGAACCACCCCCUGACCUGGAGCAGGUGCCACCAUCCAAGCCUUCAGAGGAGUUAGUGAUAACUUGUGCGACUCCAGUUGCUAAAGUGGCAUCAACAAAGAAUUUAACAUCUCCUAUUCCACUAGAUAGUACUGCCAGAAAUGUGAGAGAGUUGUCAGUGAAAGAGUCAUUCAGUUCCUCCCCAAAAAGAAUAAUAUUGCCCAGAGAUUCUGCCCAAGAUAGUUUAUCCCUAUCCCAAAUUAGCACAGUGAAAGGAGAAAUUAUGUCAUCUGAAAGUAACAUGUCAGUCAACAUGAAUUUACCAAUGACACAAUCUCUGAGAAAUAAUCAUUGGGAAAGAAUGUCUUUGGAAGAUAAUUCAUCACCAAAUGGAAGUCCAGUUUGCAAGACUAUUGGCCGUAGUAUGUCGAAAGAAAAUGUGCAAUUGACUAGUUAUGCUGUUUUAGAUAAUACGUUUUCCACAUGUGAAAAAUUAUCUUCGAAGCAAGAAAUAAUCCAACUUCCUCAAAAUGUAAAAAAAGAUAAAACCUCAGAUGGGUCUAUAGGUGACGCACGGAGAUGUGCAAACAACUAUUUAAUGCCAACAUCUAUUACUAGAGAGCAUUAUUCAGAAAAGUCUCUUUCUACUCAAGACUCCAUAGAACAAAUACCCAAAAACAACACAUUAUCAAAGGCAUCACUAUUCAGCAGUCAAGUUGUAGAGAAAACAGCCAUUUCUCAGAAUGGAACAUUUCAUAAAAAGCCAAAACCUGGACCAUCAGGUAAGAUCAAGGGAUCUACAUCUAUAAUCGCACAGGGAUUAGUAGACUCAUGGCAAAAUGAUAAACACACAUCAUUAAGUCCAAUGCCAAAGAACAAAAUUUUAGUCUUUCCAGCAGAAAAACCAUACACAGUUAAAAUAUCAGCAAGGCCUGAUAUGAGGCAUGUUCUAGAUGAGCUCUGCCAUUCAAUUAAUUCACUCCGUGAAGCAGCACAGCACAAGCAGCGGUCCUGUUUGGAGAAAUCCAACAGCCUGCCAGACUUUUCCUCACACUUGGCCUCUACUUUUGGUUCUUCAUCACGAGUGCUCCUAGCAUUCCUUUCAGUCAUGACUUUGAGGGAUGGUCUGGAUAAUCUGAAUACACUCCAAGAGGAGAACAGUCUGAGCUGCUCCGAGGCUUUGCUAAUGCUUCAGUCUCUUAAGGAGAUGGCAGCUAUUGAGGAUGCAGAGCAGCUAAGAGCCAACUUAAAUGAUCUGCAGAAAUCAACAUCUGAUCAGUUGCUGCAGAGCUGGAAAUGUUUUCAACAACUGAGCAACAUGUGCAUGAGUUCCAGUGUCACACCAGAGUGCACUCAAGGUGGGUCUUACAAUGCAUCAAGCUCUGAGGAGGAGGCAAUUCAAGGUCUCAUGGAAGAACUAGGUGUUCCAGACAUAGUUCGAGAAGAGUUGGCUGCUCUCCACACGCAAGGAAAGGAAAAAGGUAACCAGAUUGAGAGAUCAGAAGAGCUGUGUGAGUCACUCCCACAGGAAAAGGUAAAAAGAUAUACAGAAUCAGGCUUAAACAAAGAUACAUUCAGAUUCCCUGACUCUGUGCUUCAAGAUAUAAAAUCCUAUGUUAAAUUUGUCAUUGACGAAGCAGUUUAUGCACAUAUCAAUUCAGGGGUCUGUAGGGCACAUUCAUUGCUUAGCAAUGAAAAAGAAAUCAAAGUGGCAACUUGUGAACAGGAAAGAAAUUCUUGUCCAGCAAAGAGAAUACAACAGGUAGACUACAUAUUAGAUUCUAACAUCUGUCAAAACAUCUUGGAAGAAAAGCAACAAAGAAUUGAGGAUGAAGAUAUAAGUCAUGAAGAGAAACAAGAAGCAUUUGCAAAGCAGGAAAUAAAUAUGAAAGAGAUCAAGUACGGGGUAGUGUGUGAACAGAGUGGAAUGACACAAGGAACAAUUAUAUCUGACAGUGUAGAGGAAAAUUACAUAAGGGAGACUGAUCAUAAAUAUUCUCAUAAAGAAAUGAAGGAAGUGAAAAACCUGAUAUACGCAAAUGAAAUAGAUAAUGGUAGAAUUCUUGAAGUGUACACCAAAUUAUCAGAGCCAGGGAGGAGUAAAGAAAGUCUGACUACCUGUGAAGAGGAGAAAUCCAGCAUAGAAGAAUAUAGUUGUGAUGAAGAACAUAUGAACUUUUCUGAAGAUCAGGUCAGUGAUUCCCGAAUAGAACCUCAAGCAAAAUGGCAAAGUAAAGGAUUGUUGAAUCAAGACCACACACAGUUUUACAGUAAAACAGAGCAUGUGAAGAACACUGCAGAAUCUGAACCACAAACUACUUUGAUUGCUGUUUGUCUGGAACAUGAGACAGGACAUCGAUCCGAGAAGAUGAAGCAGCAGGUGGUUGUGGAGGUACCAGAAGGUAACACAGUUCAAAAAGAAUAUAGUCCCAACGAAGCUGCAUUAUGUGAGAGAAAGACAGUACAGGCUAAAAAGAAAAAUAGUUCAGUAGCAAAGCUCAUCAGUAACCUGGAAACAUGCACACAAAGGCCAAGCAGUAAACCUGAGAAGCCAGCACGCAGAUUUGUAGGUCACACUGAAGUAUCAGACCCAGAUAACUUAAAUAAUGUUUCUUUAACAGAUAAGCUCAUAGACACAAACUCAGAAACCAACUCAUCUUCAUUAGCAUUUAGCUAUGAUUCCCAAAGCAGCUCUGUAGCACAAGACUCAGAAAGAAGUGUGCAGGCUCAUAGAGUGAAGUUCAUUAGGGACAUGUUUCUUGCUAAGAGCCAAACUAGAACCCAGAAUGGGCAAAGACAACUACAUAGUCCAAAUUCUGAUCUGUCUGAUCCCCAACCAGAAUCUACAGACAGUGGAGGUAACUGGUCACAAGAGACAUCCAGUGGGGAGGAUGAUGCAAGCCGGUUAGCUAUUGCCAAGGGUUUUGUCAGGAGAACCAUUGAAAGGCUCUAUGGAAGAAGUAAUUCAAGUAGUGUAAGUGCAGAUAACAUGAGAUCCCCAACUGCCUUGAAAGCCAAGCAAAGAGAAGGUCCAGGAAGAACGAAUGUAUCUAGUUUGGCCUCCUACCAUGAAGCUCGCACUCGAGUAAUGACUGACUUAUCAUACUUUAGUGCCACAAACGCAUCUGAUAUCUUCAGUGUUGCAACUGAUUGCGCCACACUGAUCGAAGAGGUGCAAUCUGGAGACGCUAAUCUUAUUGACAAAGGGCACUGGUUACUUGCAGAGAACCAACUUUGUGAAUGCUCUCCAGAACUCAAGGAAGGUCACAGAAAUGAGAACAACAAAAGCAUAUCAGCUGAGCCUGAGCAACAUUGUGGGCAGGAAGAUUCUCUGCAUGGGACACAGCAUUCUACUAAUCUUGAGAAAUCAGGAUCAACGUUUACUUAUUUCAACCUUCCAAAUGCAAGUGACUCCGACCUGGAGACAGAAGAAAAAAGGGAAGUGAAAGUGGCCCCUGCAACACAGGUACAAAAAACCAGGGCUGAGAGAAACAGCUUUCUACCUGCCUUCUGCCCACCAGUCUUAAAGAAAGCAGAUAAUAAGGUGCACCCAUUGACAGAUUCUACAACCCCUACUGUGGUUACUCAGCCAGUCAAAGCACAGCAUACACAAACAGGACUCAUAAAACAAUCUGCAGAACCUGAUGCCCUGGAGAUGCUGUUUGUAUUUUGUGGGCAACACUGCCCCAUACUGUAAACUACAUAUUUAUCAAUUCACAUUGCUGUAGUAGUAAUACUUGAAUAUAUAACAUAUAACUCAUGAUGACUUAAGCUGCCUUACAUUCCUUGUUAACAUAAUGGCUUUUUGAAAGGCAACAAUUUCUGGAGGUGCUGA